CUAUACUGUUUCAAACAAACUUUGGUUUUGUGCACAAAUUGUUGGAAGAAUCCUUUUGUAAAGGAUAUUUUGCCUAAAAAUAGUAACAACCUGUUAGUUUAAUUGCUAUAAUAAAUAAAAAUAUAAUAUAAAUACAAAUUUAAGGGUGAGUUUAAUAUAACUUCCCACAUAAAAUAAAACGAAAAUAAUUAAAGAAAACAAGGAAAUACAUGUCAUCUGGCUGAUUAGAAACAAAAAGAAAAACACCAGAAAACAUUGAAAAAUCAUUAAAAUUUAUUAUACACGACAAAGAAAAGGACAUUAACAUAAUUACGAAACAAAUAGCGGUGACCAAGGAUACCUGUGUAGACAAAAUAUUAUUUAUUUAAAGCAAAUAAUAGAAAACAAAAAGCGCAGCCAUGGAACGUACUGCUACCACCAAUCCUAGUAACACGGCCAAACGUAACACCAAUGCUUCAGUAAACACAGCUGGAGGACGCAAAAAAUCUGGUCCAAAAUUUGAAUUAUCCGAUGCCCAAAAGGCCGAUAUAAAAGAAGCAUUUGAUCUGUUCGAUGUUGAUUGCACGGGUUUUAUAGAGGUGAAAGAGCUUAAGGUGGCCAUAAGAGCCUUAGGUUUCGAACCCAAAAAAGAGGAAAUUAAACGCAUGAUUGCUGAAAUCGAUAAAGAUGGCACAGGACGCAUUAGCUACAACGAUUUUUUGCAUUUGAUGACCAUGAAAAUGGCUGAAAAGGAUACAAAGGAAGAGAUACUCAAAGCAUUCCGUUUAUUCGAUGACGAUGAUACUGGUAAAAUUUCAUUUAAGAAUCUAAAACGUGUAGCACGAGAACUGGGAGAAACUUUAACGGACGAGGAGUUAAGAGAAAUGAUCGAUGAGGCAGAUUUGGAUAAUGAUGGUGAAGUGAAUCAAGAUGAAUUUUUACGUAUUAUGAAGAAAACUAGUUUGUAUUAAGGUGGUGGUAGUGUGAGAAAGAGAUGUCAACAGAGGUUGAAUUGAUUGUGUUCCUUAAAAGAUUUUUUAGGUUUUAUUUAUAUUUAAAUUGUAAUAAUUUUAAGAAUUCUUUUUAUACUUCUUUGCUUAUUUGAAAAAAAUAAGUUUUUAUAUAUUUUUCUUAAGUAUUCACUAGUUUUUUUAAUAAUUUUGUAUUUAUUUAUAUGAUUAUGGAGCUUUUAACUGAAAUACAUGGAAUGUUUUAUUCAAUAUUUUAAGUUGAAGUUAUGUUUUAAUAGUUAUGUAGUCAGGACUAUAGUUUAGCCUGUAGUUUGGACUAUAGUUUAGCUUAUAGACUACAUUAUAGUUUAGUCUAUAGUCUAAACUGUAAUCUACAGUUUAGUCUCCCAUCUUGACCUUAGUUUGGUUUAUUUUCAUUUUGAAAUUCUAAAUUUAAAAAUUUCUUUUUCCUCAACCUCUGCUAUUUGUUUGCCUAUGUAUUUUAUAAGUUUUCUUUUGCAUAAAAAAACGUUAAUUUCGCAUUUUAUAAUAAGAAAUACAAAAAUAUAUGUCUGCUUUUUUAAAAGAAUUAUAAUGCAUGUAAUUUUUAUAAAAAUUAAAUAAGCACUUUUAGUGAAAAUUAAAAAAAAAGAAGAAAACAAAUAUAACAACAAAAAAUAUAAAAAUGUUUUAAAAAUAAACACUAUUUUACUGCACUUUACAAAAAAAUACAAAGAAUUUAACUUAAACAACUAAAAGUAUACAAAAUAUGGCUUGUCUCAAGACAGGCAUAGUAUUCAAUUAUUAUACAUAUAAAUAAAUUAGUAACAAAUCUUUAAAAAUGUUUCUUUAGAUAAGCACGCAUAGUCCAAAUUAGUUUAAACAGAAUUUAAGCAAAUUCUAAAAGAGCUUAUGUUAAUUAAACAGACUUUGUCACAGUAUUUCAUUUUGUCUUUCAUCAUGUUCACUUCUAGAAAUCAUUAAAAGAAAUAUUUACAAAAUCAAAAAAGAAAUUUUCUUUCUAAAAUCUAAGAAAUUUCAAAUCACAGCGACAAGUCUAAUCAGGGAAACUUUCAAAGAAGUAUUUAUAUAUUUUGAUAAAGAUUUUUGAUUAAAAUAAAGAGUUACAAAAGAAAUAUAUUUUAAAUGAAUCUAGAGAUUUUAUGAGACCUUCUCUCCGUCUGUAUUGAAGCCAGCGAACUCGAGUCGAAGUUUUUUUUUUUAUAGGCUUGACUAAAGUUUAGUCCAUAAACUUGUCUGAACCAUCCAAACUAUAGUCAAAUUUAUUGAGUAAACUGUAGUCAAGAUUUAAGGCUAUAGUCUAGACUAUAGCCUAUAGUCUGGAUUAUAGUUUAGUCUAUAGUUGGGCCUACAGUUUAGUAUGUAGUCUAGACUAUAGUUUAGUGUAUAGUCUGAAGUAUAGUUUAUAG